AUAAAAAAUAUAAUGUAAUGAAAAAUUACCUGAACGCAUAAGCAGCCGCCAAAAAGAGUGAUAAUCACUUUCAGAAGCAGAACAACUCAAAACGAUGGCGUUUUCAUCUUCAAUCACAACCAUACCACAAACCCUAAACUUCACUUCCUCUAACAAACUCUCACUCUCUUCUUCAACGACGUCGUUUCAUCUCUCAUUUCCUUCAUUUCAAUCCAACUCCUUCAAAACUAUCACCACCACCUCUCCACAUAUCACACGCGCCCACGCGCCACCUUCUCCCGUUACCACCACCGCUGCUUCAUCUUUUCACGGUCUCUGCUAUGUCGUCGGUGAUAACAUCGACACUGAUCAAAUCAUCCCUGCUGAGCAUCUUACAUUAGUUCCUUCCAAUCCUGAUGAGUAUCAGAAGCUUGGUUCGUUUGCCUUAAUCGGACUUCCUGAUUCGUACAGCGUACGAUUUGUUGAAUCCGGUGAAACUAAAACGAAAUACUCCAUUAUCAUCGGUGGUGCUAAUUUUGGAUGUGGAUCAUCUCGUGAACAUGCGCCGGUGGCGUUAGGUGCUUCUGGUGCUGCUGCUGUUGUGGCGGAAUCGUAUGCAAGGAUCUUUUUCCGAAACUCAGUGGCAACUGGUGAGGUGUAUCCAUUGGAGUCAGAGACGAGGUUGUGUGAGGAGUGUCGUACGGGAGAUGUGGUGACGGUCGAGCUUGAGGAGAAUCGGUUGAUUAAUCAUACGACUGGAAAGGAGUAUCAGUUGAAGCCGAUUGGGGAUGCUGGUCCAGUGAUUGAGGCUGGUGGGAUCUUUGCUUAUGCUAGGAAAACUGGCAUGAUUCCUACCAGAUGAGCAGUAGAUGUUUUGGGGUCUGACAAGAAUUGUUCCUUUGUUCACGGAUUCCAAUCAGAUCCUCUGGUCAUGCAGCUUUGAUAAGAAUGAGUUAUGUAACGUGGUGUUAGAAUUGUUGACUAUUUUAGGAAUAUAUAAUAUUAAUGCUUUUAUUAGAACAUUUGAAACUUUGGAUACAAGUUAUGUUUGUAUAAUUCUAUUGUAUACUUCUUUACAAGUUCGAUCUUGAAAUGUUUUUCCAAAUAGACAAAUGGAAAAUGCAGAUCAAUUAUAUUUUAGAUGUCCAAA